GCAAUUCAAAACUGUCAAAUGACCUUUAGGGCAUAUCUUUGACAUUUGUGGGUGAAUUGGACAUUAGCAAAAUUUGAAUGCCUGCAAGAUGGUGUUAUAAGUCAUUAAUAUGAAAAUCAUAAACUGAUGUAUGGAUCAAACUUUUUUAUCAGUAAGUCCAUGGUUUAUCAGAAGUAUCUUCUAUUUCAAAAGAAUUCUCAUUUUUGAAAUAAUGUCAUGCAAAAAAUUUUCAUUUAGUUCUAAUGUGUCACAUCCCAACACAUUCAAGUAAAAAUUUGAUGUGUGUAUGAUAAAAUGAUCUUUGAAAUUAUCAACACUAUAGAGAAUUAGUGAAAGUUCAGAGCGUAUAUUUCUCUGUCACAAGUAACUAUAAGUAUCAGCCAGUAAAUUCUGGAAUUCAAUUACAGUCAAGCUUUUUAGUGUCUAUGUAGUGAACGAAAACUCAGGGUGGACAACCAGUUAAUUGCUUUACGCGAAAUAACACUGUGCCUUCGUAAAAUAUUAAAUUCAUCACUUGUAUAUCUCUCUUGGCUUGUCCUUUACGCACUUCACAAUUUUUCCAAUACCGUUGUCAUUCGAAUCACUCUGUCUUCUCUUUAUUUUGAUCUGCUGGUAAUCAUUUCACUUCCAAUAUCUGCCACAAACUUUUUAUUUCUGUCCGCAUAAGUAGCACACACCACACUUGUACUUAAAUAUGUAUUAUUAAUAUUACUCAAUUUGUUUAAUGUGGUUGGUGUUUUAUAGCAAAGCUUCUACGGGCUAAGGUUUUUCGAACCCAUUGCUCAACCUUCCUCCUUUACUCGGGCUUUCGACCAACAGUAACUUUAAAAGAGCUACAGGCGGAGUUUAUUACUAAUAUGUGACAACAUAAAUUGGGACUUACAAUGAUAUUUUCUAGAAUUGUGCCCUGAUUUUACGGAACAGAGGAAAAAGCCACCACAAUGUAAUACUUGCACCAUCUCUCCUUCCAUGAUGAUGUUCAUUUUAUUUAUUUAUUUUAACACGUAGGUAUUGGUACAAGGAGGCACUAAAUACAUAUGCGCCACACAAGUCACAUUCGAUGUGUGAGGGCUGUGAUACUGUCCGGGUGCCCAGACCGAAACAGGUGGUUUUCUUAGAGGGCUACACCCCGAGCCUUCGACCUGAAGGUCUGAUCCACAAGGCAGUGGAGCAUCGUAAGGAGAUGCAGUCCCAUGGAAGCCGGUGACCAACAAUUGGUUCAUACGCCAUUUAUUCCCGCAGGAUACUGGAGCCCAUGUGCACCAUCGGUUUGGAAUCCGGUCAAAGCGCCAGACAUUCGCUUUUCGUCCUCUCAUUUUCGUAAACAACACCCCUGCCAUGAGGAGGCAGUGAGUAGGACAUCCAAGGCAGAGGCUAUAUACGCGUGGCCAUGUGAGAGCAUUUUGAGAGCGAGAGCGGACUCUCCCCACUCUCAGCCAUACCAGGGCAUUUGACUUAUGCUCAAUGUCAUAGAGACAACACUGUGUUGUGAUUUCGUACACUUUUACGAUAUAGUUUACAGCGAAAUCAGGAGGUAAUUAUCGUAUUUAAGUGUAUUGCCUUCUUUCUAUCUUGGUGCAUGAGCGUUUAUUGAUUUCUUUAGAAAUAUGCUAAUUAUUAUUUUUCUUUUUUUAAUCGAUGAAACUAUCUUUUCCGUUACAGAUUCCUCACCUUAAGCAACUGGCUUUGUUGACCUAAGAGUUUCGUCAUUCAUAGGGGUUCCUCAUGAAAAGAGGUGGUGGACCGAAUGAGUUAGACCCCCCACCAAAAGUCUCUAAAACUAGGGAGUCUGUGGAUGGAGAUGAAUGUGUUGGCGAUUGGCAAGUAUGUUACACAAUCCAAUACUGAUUGGCUAUUGUGUAACUCAUGUUUUUACGAGUAAUCAUUAUUUUGCAGAUAAAUAUUAAGUAAUGGGGUUAAUAGUUGUACAUUUCGUUCGCCCUCAUUCUUACCAAUGAAUUGUUGGGAAUAUUUGUGGAUUUCAUAUAUCAGAGUUGUUGUCAGAGUAUUAAUGGUUGUUUUGAAAAAUGAGUCUUCGUAUAGCUCAAUGGCAGUGCUGAAUGAAUGAUACUUCGGUGCGAGUAUUUGUUCAUCUUGAUACUUAGUCUAUCCGUGUGUGAUCUUUGACUGUUUAGCAGCUUUUGUCUACUAAAGAUUGUUGACACUCGAUGAAAGCACCGCUGAAUUAGUGACGAAAUCUUUUGAUAUGUGUUUGGUCAUUGUGAAGGCCAUCACUUAAAUGAUUUUAACCUAAGACACUGACUUCGGUGGUUUGAACUGGUUUUGGAUGUCAUGUUAACUGAACCUAGUGGGAUUAGAGGAAAAGUAGUUGGUUUAUGACAGUAUUAUUGAGUGGAGAAUAGCAGUAUUGAGUUGUUUUAAAGGCUAUUCAUGAUUGUCUGGAUCUAGUAAAAGAUCCCUUGCAAUGUAGGGCAAAGUAGCAAAGCUGAUAUGAUUUUCGCUGCCUGUUACUUUUCACUUUGAUUAUGGAGUGACUUAAAGACCCAGUCAAUUAGUAUUGUCUCAACUCUACUGUCUUAAGAAGUAAUGGAAUUAACGAAGCUGGAUAGCAGUUCCAUAAUAUCCCUCGACAAGUACUCAUGAAACGCUCUCAGAACUAACUGAUGAGCACAUUCGUGCUUUCUCGAUCCCAAAGCUCAUAUUUACUGUUGAUGUAAAAUCAAGAUUUACUCAUAAGUGAUCUGUUUCCAUCAUCCUCAUUUGAAUACUAGGCAUCUAUUUUACUCUUUAGUUUUUGUCGAAAUAUCUUGUCGAAUCAGCUAAUGAAGUUUCUGUGAUGGAAGUAUUAAAUACAUUAAAUAUGAAUCUGUACCAUAAUGUAUUGUUUAAUUAUCCCGUAACGUGCUUAUAAAUUAAGUAUCUCAUUUCUUUUAACCGUCUUUCAGUAAUUUUUUCUGUACACAGAUGGUUUGGAAUUGAUAUCCUUUUACUACUUUUCAUUUCUAUACACUAUUUUUGUGUAACAUAGGCAUCACUUGGAUGUUCAUUAGCGGAAAGACUGGAAAAAAUCACUACUGUCCAGCAUUUGACAACACGCCAAGUUAAAAGGUUGUUGAAGGAUGUCCUGACUAAUGAGGAUGUUGUGAGUGCUCUACGUCGGUAUAUUGAUGGUGAAUUCAGAGAGCCUGAAACCGGUGAGGUUUCAGCAGCUACUCGAAGGCGUGCUAAAUCUUUGGGGUUAUUUUCUAUCCUCAGUGAUCUUGGAGAAAAUUCUGAUUACCACCUAGAAUCUAGAGCUAUCACUCGAUCACUUACUCGUCGUAUUGAAGAGUCAUUGCAAAAUCAGUUUCCACAUUCUAUCACACCCGAAAAAAAAGCACCAUGCACCAUUCUUGAUAUGGAAUUCCCUGAUGAAGAUGAUAGCAAUGGAAAAAAUAUAGGGAACGAUUUAGAUAUUUCAUUGGCCGAUAGUGAUUACCAACCGAACGAUGGAGAUUACAAAAUUUUAAGACGUGAUCAAGUGCUAGAUUUUACCGAAGCCUCCAAACAUAAUUCCUGUGUUACAGAUGUAGAAAAUGAAAGUUGUCUUAAUGGUAGUAGAAGUAGCACUGAAAGUGAUUCACAAAUAGAUCUUGACUCUUGUGAUGACUGCAUUCAACCUAACAAUGUCGAUAAUUUUGUUUUCUGUGGAAACGAUAAUAAUUUAGAUAUACGAACUUCCCAUCUCACUCGUUCAAAAGCUAAAUCACUCAAGAGUUUAUCUGAAUUAAGAAACGGUGUUCCUUUUGAAAAGCAUGAAAAUUCUAACUCCAGCGUAUCAUUUCGAUCGGACGAUACUGUUCAAUUUCCGCCUCCUGGUAGUUUUCAUUGUUAUCCGGAUGCAGAAGAGGGUGAAGAAGACGGAGAGUUCAAUGCAACAGAGGACAUAACAAAUAAAAAUUACAGUACAACAACAAAUAAAGAUGUAGAUAUUGAAGAUUCAGAUAACGAUGUUUAUACUCAAUUUCUUCGUUCGCUGUUCACUUCCGCUUCCAAUUCAGCAAACUGUACGCCUAACAAACUAAAUCCACGAAUAAAUGCUCCAGUUAAAGAGUCUACAAUCUGUGAAAAACUCUUAGGCGAUGAAACAAACAAAAACAACAGAUCCCCACCAUCAAGUGGACAUCAUUCUAAAAUGACAUCACGGCCAAUAUCAAGGCUUAUGGCUGAUAUCAAUGAAGAUGAAGACGAUGACGAUCCAGAAUUUGACGUUAUGGCAGAGUUAGACGAUGUUGAUAGGGAGGAUUUUUUCUAUGAAUUACGAGACGAUCGCGCUGUUCGAGUAUCUAAAAUGGAAGCCAAGAAUUUACAUGAAGAUUUACGUGAACUGUUUAGUUCAGAAGAAGGACAUGAAAACCGUGCACAUCAAUCCAAAACACCUUCAUUCCUGGCAAUGAAAGCUUAUGGCCAACGCUUAUUUCAUAUGGAUCGCAAUACAUUUCGAAAUAGUAGUCAGAUAGAUGAGUUUAAUCAUCCGCAACAUAUUCAACCUCCUGCACUCAAUGAGAUUUUUCAUAAGACUACAGAUACUCCGGUUAAUCCAACUGUAACACGGUGUCGUAUCACCCUUACUGAGACAGAACUGGUCCGAUUGGAACGUCAAUUAGUGAUGCAUAUUCAAUUGUUAACUACGAAUUUCUUAUUAACUUAUGAUUUUCCUGAUAUGCAUGAAUAUGUUACCCGACCAUGUGCUACUCUUCUCAAAACUUUAAUUGCUAAACGUCAAGCUUUUGAUUUAGUUGCACUUCAACAAAAUAUCCCCGACAAAUAUCAUCCUGUUACAAGCUUCUAUUGGUGUUGUCCUACUUUGGAAAUGGCUGUUGAUUUGAUUUCCGAUUAUGCUGGAUUAUCUAUGCUUCCACGUUUACCAUGGAAUCCAUAUAAACGAGGAGUAGGAAAUAGUCUUACUAAGUCACAAUCAUUCGCCUUGCCUAUCCCAUAUUGUUUACUACGUAUAAUGACUAACAGUCCUAUUUGGUCUUAUGCGUGUUUAAUGCCUACUGUCUUGGGACCACAUCCGAAAAGUCAUGUUCGAUUAAUUUUUCAUCCAUCUGAAGAUGCUUUAAUGGUGAUGGGGUUGGCAGACUUUUCCGGUGCAUUAAGUCGAACUCGUAAAUCUCUCGAACCUAAAACUCUUAAUUAUCACCACCAACCUAGAAGUCGUGAAUCUAAGUGUAAACAACCUUGUCGUUACAUUGCAUAUCGUUUAAUUGGUAGGCAUAUACUUCCGUAUCGUACACUAUUGCAGUUACGCUCUCGUCGUUGGAAUCUGUUGGCUAAUCGGGACAGCAUAGAUAAUGCUGGGGACUCCAAACAUGUACCAGUUGCUACUCGUCGUCUACUCCAACUCUACACUGAGUUAAGUCAACCAGGGGAAGUGGACCUAAAGAGAAUUCAACAGUAUGCUAAUGAAAUGUCUACACUUGCUACUCCUUAUGGUCUUCCACUAAUUGUUGAAUGUUUAACUGAUAAAAAUUCUAAAGAAUUAUUUACUUUUGAAGGGCUUCCCACCGAUGUAGGUUAUGAACAUGUUUUAAAUUCUAACUAUCGUAGUGAAAAUGCAAAACGUAGAUUGGAUGUAUUAACUGAGUUCAUAGAAAACGCCGAGUGUUUUUGGAGGUCACAGAUUGAGAAAACACACUCUAUAGAAAUAAAAACAAAUUCAACAGAUGUAGAAAGUAAAUCCAUAGUCAAACUAGAACCACCAGUUGAAUGUGAUGUUCUUGGUCCGAAUUAUUUACCUGCUAUCCCAGUGGAUCUCAAUCCUGACGGUACCGUAGUUCUCAGCAAAACCAGUGAACCUGCUCUAGUUGAAGUUUUUAAAGUGUCUGAUGAUUCCGAGUCAAUCCGUGAUUUAAAUAAUCACUCUGAAAAUCCAGUUAAUAAUUUAUCAAAUCAAGGAACACAAAAAUAUCGAACUUAUCAAAUUAAAAAAUCACAUCAUAUCGAAUUUAUCCUAGCCCGGAUAAACAAACAAAAGUCAUAUAAACUUUCAGAUGAUGAUAAGGUAGAACCACCAGUCAUUGCUGCAAAUCAUGAUAUAUCAGAUGGUAUUGUUGCACCGUCCUCUGUUGAAUGUAUUUUAAAUGAUCAGCAGCUUGAGGAAAUGCCAAAUAUUUUGGAGUCUUACUGGAGUCAUACAGGUAAUGAUGCGUUAGAUGUUUGUCAAAAAGUAGCAGAUGCUUUAGUGAACUUAUUCCACUUUGGUUUUGAUAAAUUUUGUGCUACCCACGGAGACGCUACUCUUGGACCUAGAAAGUUUUGCCAUAUGUUGAAGUCAUCAGUGUUAAAUCCUCAUAUUCCUAGUGCAGAUGCAAGUUCUGUAUGUUCCAACAACUUUCAAUCUGUUUUGGAUUCGUCAAUUUUUAUUGCUGAUGAGUGUCAGAGUCAAGCUGCAGGGAUCUUCCCAAGUGCAUGUCUCAUGACAUCCAGUCGUUUUGUUGCAAGAUGUCGGGCACGUGGUGAUGCUAACUCAGCUGACUUACUGACUCUACCGUCUUCUAUCAUAACUCAUACACAGGCAAUAACGGAUGAGAUGGAUGUGAGACGAGCACGUUCACUACUAGAUCGAUGUCGAACCUAUUUAGCUCCAGGUGAUUACAAAAAUAUGAUGAUUAACUUAUCCAACUUAAGUCAAGCUAUUCAGAUUCCUAGAUUAAUCACCAGUAAUCAUGAACAGUCAGACAAAACUGAAGUAUUACUUUCUCUUGCAUGUGUGUUAAAUUGUUUGAAAAAACAUUUAUCUUUGUGGGAGGAUUUUGUUUGCCUUCUUACUCCAUCACAAGCCCGUAGUCUGGGUCUGCUAUCUACAUAUUUCAAUCUGGCACGGAUCAACCGAGUGCAAAGAGUUUUACAAGAUAUUGUUCCCCGUGAUAGGAGAUUUUGGAGACGUCUUCGUAAUUUGGCAGAUAGCUGCAGCAUUGAGGCACGUCAUAUUCCAGUCAAAAAGAAGUUUUAUACAGGUGUGGGAGAUACUUCUGCUCGUGAUCCUUCAAAUGCAGAUAAACAGGACGUCCAUGAUUGCAGCGAAAAAGCAACUAAUGGGAGUCGAAACAAUCAGAAAUCAUCUGUGUUACAACAGGGUCAAAGUUCAGGCACAAUCUUCAGUAAAACCCGAACCAAAUCCCGCGUUAGAGGUUUGCGGCAUCGAAAUAUGCAUGAUGCAUUCUCCAAAGCUUGGUCAGUUCUGGAGAGUAGUUGGCGCAACCGUCCUGUUCUCUUAUCACGUAUCGCCAGUCUUAUUAAUACUAGACAUAAGCCAUAUGUCGGUUUUGAACAGAGUUUUGAAGAAUCAGAUGUACUUGCUCGUCAUCCUGUAGGGAACCCAGCUUAUCCCGAGAAUUUAAAUCAAAAUGCAGGCAUUUCAAGCAGUAGAUACAUCCCUCCUCCAAUCAACCCCCUUUCUCCUCAGUUACGCUCUUUUCUUUCGGAAGGAUGGGAAGUAUGCACUGACCUUGCUUCAACAGCUCACAAUCGAAAUAACUCGUUAGGUACACUCUGGGCUCGUAGACAGUGUCCUUGCCGAUGUCAUCCUUGUGCAUCAUCAAACAGUGUUCCAAUAACAAAUCAAUCUGGAAAACCUAUAAAAAAGGUUGACAGUCUUGGUUUAAGACACUGCAUUUCUUGCAGUUUGAGAGUGCAUCGUGGCAUUGUAUAUGUUGAUGAGUGCAAUCUUCAUCUGCGUCACGUGAAGAUAACUUGGCCACCUGAUUUUAAACCAAAAGCUAAUUUACCUCGAAGUUCCCUAUCAGCUGACUCUGUUGCAAAUCAAAUCCCUCGUCCUGCAACAAUCCACAAUGCAUCAUCAAAUAUUCCUACUCGUACUGCUUUAAGCGAACUUGCAAAAAUGCAUGCCAGAUUACAUUCUACAAACAGAGUAUCAAAUCAUCGCAAUUUCCUACCAGAUAUGGCUGGUCGACGUGUUUCAAUCGAAUUUGUUCCUUCUUUUAGAUCAAGUACAUCAGACAGUCGACAAAUCGAUGAUUCAAGCAAUCAAGAUGAAUGUAAUGCUCUUGAAGGAACUGAUGACGUUCAACUCUCCUGUCCCCUAAUAGAUAAGCAUCCAAGACUAGUCGAUGUAGAUAGUAUAAAUGGUCUCAUACCACCUGAAUUACAUUCGAAAUUUGAUGUAGAAAAUCCUAUGAGUUGGUCGCUGGAUGAUGAAGCUGCUUGCUUCAAUACAGAAGCUUUUGCAUCUACAUACAAUGAGAAUCAUGAAGGUGAUCCGUGUGAAUUAGUUAAUGAUGAUUGGACACCGGAAGAAGACAGGCAGUUAUUGGAAUUUUGUAAAGCUAAAGGACGUUACAGCUCUCAGAUGUUUACAGACUUAGCUAAAAUAUGGGAACCCAAACCGUAUGUUUACUCGGCACAACGAAAUCCACUGGAAUUAGAAGAACGUUUUAAACAUCUCAUGCGCAUCACAUUGAGAGAAGCUUAUGAUCCAGAGUUAUUUCAAACACCGUAUAGAGACGAAUCUUCAUGUGAAGAUGACUAAUCAUAAUUUGACUUUAUGUAUUUGUUUUCCCAUAUUCACAGAAUAAGUUAACGCGCAUGAAUUGAGUCUUUCAUCUGUAUAAAAUUUGUACAAUAUUACAUAAAUUUCCUAUUAAUUAUCAACAUAUAUUUAUCUUCUUACAGCUCAUUCUUCAAACUUUAUAAAAUUCAUGUUAGUGUUGCAAAUUUUUAAAGUCACAUAUUUUGUAUAUGCUUUCAAAGUUCUUCAUGAGAUAACACUU